AUCUCCCGAACUUUCACUAAAUCACAUGAACUUGAAAUACAUAAAAUACAAAAACUAACAAAAUGUGGAACAAGUCGUUCAACCUAGAAAUUGUUUAGGGUCCAUUCCGAAAGACUAUAUUCGUAAUUUCCGUCGCCCCUUCGCCCUUCUCCAGCAUUCACUUUCACAAGAAGAAAUCUCCACCGAGCAGCGAAGCUCCACCCGAUUCGCCCACGACUUUACACAUGUCUAGCCUAGUCGACAGGAACGCUAGAGAUUUUGGUAUAAAACGCUUGAACGGCCAGCAGAAAUGCACCAGUUCUUUAGCUGCCUCAACCACCUCCUCACAUCUCCAACAUGAAGUUCUUCGUUCUCGCUGCCGUCUUCGCCGUUGCUGCCGCCAGCUCUUACAAGGCUGCCGAAUACGCACCCAAAUACGAAGCUAAAUACGAGGAAGUCACUUAUGCCCCCCAGCCAUACAGCUUCGAAUACGACGUCCAGGAUAAGGAAUCUUACAACGACUUUGUCCACUCCGAGAAAUCCGACUACAACGUCGUCACCGGAUCUUACCGUGUUGCUCUUCCCGAUGGCCGCACCCAAAUCGUCUCCUACAAGGCUGACGCUUCCGGAUACAACGCCGAUGUGAAAUACGAAGGCGAAGCUCAGUACCCCGAAGAGCCCAAAUACAAGGCUGCUUCCUACCCUGCCCCAGCCUACUCUGCCCCGGCCUACAAAGCCCCAGCUUACCCUGCUGCCCCAGCCUACCCCGCCCCAGCUUACAAAGCCCCAGCCUACCCCGCUCCCACAUACAAGGCUCCCGAAUACAAAGCCCCCGCCCCUGCCUACAAGGCUCCCACUUACUCCGCUCCCGCAUACAAAGCUCCCGUUUACACCGCUCCUGCCUACAAAGCCCCAGCCUACAAGCCCGCUCCUGCCUACCCUAAAUACUAGGUUCACUUUAUUCCUUCAAACAAUUGUCAACACGAAUAAUUUAAUGUAAAAUUGGGAGUCAAAGAUAUAUGAGGGCAUCUAUAGGUAAUCUAUAGAAGUCCAAAUUAUUUAUCAAAUAAAAUUUUACAAUAAAAAAAUCAUUCUUA